CCUGCCGCCGCUCUCGGGCUCCGGCCGGGUCUCGCGUGCAGUCUUCUCGAGAGGGGCAUCGCGCCCACCGGCGCGCGCCGCCCCCCUGCCGCGCGGCGCGGGGUCUCGCGGGCCCCGCUCCCGCCCUCCGCUCGCCUGGCCCGGACCGGAAGCGGCGCCGCACGGCCUGGGCCUGGCGCGGGGGGCGGGCACGGGGGCCCGGUCGGACAUGGGCAAGAAGCACAAGAAACACAAGUCGGACAAACACCUCUACGAGGAGUAUGUAGAGAAGCCCUUGAAGCUGGUCCUCAAAGUAGGAGGGAGCGAAGUCACCGAACUCUCCACGGGCAGCUCGGGGCACGAUUCCAGCCUCUUCGAAGACAAAAACGAUCAUGACAAACACAAGGACAGAAAGCGGAAAAAGAGAAAGAAAGGAGAGAAGCAGAUUCCAGGGGAAGAAAAGGGGAGAAAACGGAGAAGAGUUAAGGAGGAUAAAAAGAAGCGAGAUCGAGACCGGGUGGAGAAUGAGGCAGAAAAAGACCUCCAGUGUCACGCCCCUGUGAGAUUAGACUUGCCCCCUGAGAAGCCUCUCACAAGCUCUUUAGCCAAACAAGAAGAAGUAGAACAGACACCCCUUCAAGAAGCUUUGAAUCAACUGAUGAGACAAUUGCAGAGAAAAGAUCCAAGUGCUUUCUUUUCAUUUCCUGUGACUGAUUUUAUUGCUCCUGGCUACUCCAUGAUCAUUAAACACCCAAUGGAUUUUAGUACCAUGAAAGAAAAGAUCAAGAACAAUGACUAUCAGUCCAUAGAAGAACUAAAGGAUAACUUCAAACUAAUGUGUACUAAUGCCAUGAUUUACAAUAAACCAGAGACCAUUUAUUAUAAAGCGGCAAAGAAGCUGUUGCACUCAGGGAUGAAAAUUCUUAGCCAGGAAAGAAUUCAGAGCCUGAAGCAGAGCAUAGACUUCAUGGCUGACUUGCAGAAAACUCGAAAGCAGAAAGAUGGAACAGACACCUCACAGAGUGGGGAGGACGGAGGCUGCUGGCCGAGAGAGAGAGAGGACUCUGGAGAUGCCGAAGCACACGCCUUCAAGAGUCCCAGCAAAGAAAAUAAAAAGAAAGACAAAGAUAUGCUUGAAGAUAAGUUUAAAAGCAAUAAUUUAGAGAGAGAGCAGGAGCAGCUUGACCGUAUCGUGAAGGAAUCUGGAGGAAAGCUGACCAGACGGCUUGUGAACAGUCAGUGCGAAUUCGAAAGAAGAAAACCAGAUGGAACAACAACGUUGGGACUUCUCCAUCCUGUGGAUCCCAUUGUAGGAGAGCCAGGCUACUGCCCUGUGAGACUGGGAAUGACAACUGGAAGACUUCAGUCUGGAGUGAAUACUUUGCAGGGGUUCAAAGAGGAUAAAAGGAACAAAGUCACUCCAGUGUUAUAUUUGAAUUAUGGGCCCUACAGUUCUUAUGCACCGCAUUAUGACUCCACAUUUGCGAAUAUCAGCAAGGAUGAUUCUGAUUUAAUCUAUUCAACCUAUGGGGAAGACUCUGAUCUUCCAAGCGAUUUCAGCAUCCAUGAGUUUUUGGCCACGUGCCAAGAUUAUCCAUAUGUCAUGGCAGAUAGUUUACUGGAUGUUUUAACAAAAGGAGGGCAUUCCAGGACCCUACAAGAGAUGGAGAUGUCACUGCCUGAAGAUGAAGGCCAUACUAGGACACUUGACACAGCAAAAGAAAUGGAGCAGAUUACAGAAGUAGAGCCACCAGGGCGUUUGGACUCUAAUACUCAAGACAGGCUCAUAGCGCUGAAAGCAGUAACAAAUUUUGGCGUUCCAGUUGAAGUUUUUGACUCUGAAGAAGCUGAAAUAUUCCAGAAGAAACUUGACGAGACCACCAGAUUGCUCAGGGAACUCCAGGAAGCCCAGAAUGAACGUUUGAGCACCAGACCCCCUCCCAACAUGAUCUGUCUCUUGGGUCCCUCAUACAGAGAAAUGCAUCUUGCUGAACAAGUGACCAAUAAUCUUAAAGAACUUGCACAGCAAGUAACUCCAGGUGAUAUUGUAAGCACGUAUGGAGUUCGAAAAGCAAUGGGGAUUUCCAUUCCUUCCCCCAUCAUGGAAAACAACUUUGUGGAUUUGACAGAAGACACUGAAGAACCUAAAAAGACGGAUGUUGCUGAGUGUGGACCUGGUGGAAGUUGAGGCCGCCUGGUAUUUGAUUAUAUAUUAUGUACAUACUUUUUCAUUCUUAACUUAGAAAUGCUUUUCAGAAGAUAUUAAAUAUUUGUAAAUUGUGUUUUUAAUUAAACUUUGGAACAGUGAA